AAAGAAAUCAUUGAAACCAAGGCCAUAGGCGAAGCAAGGUGUAUUCUUUUUUUUUUUUUUAAUAUAAAUAUUAGAAUAAUGGCAGACCACAAGUUGACAAAAUUGAAGUCAUUUGUAGGAAAGAUCUUCUCGUGUUUGGGAUGUGGGAUCCCUCCUCUAUUUUCUCAUCAGAUUCUGGCCCAGCAGAUCUGAAACAAAACUGCUUCUCUCUCUCUGUAUAUUCUUCUGUCUGGGGAUAAUUAGGCCUAGUUUUCUCCAAUCUUCAAUGCCAGUAGAGAAGUACCCACUUCCUUGUUUGGGCUCUGUUGAGUGUUUGUCUUUGUGUUCUGGUUCUUGCAGAGCUUAGAGGAGGAUCAUCUUAUGAGUUAAUUGCAGGAAUGGGAACUGAAGUACAGUCAAAGAUGUAUCUACCAGGAUAUUAUUCCAUACCGACUCUAACUAACAAUGCUGGCCAUGGUGGAUGGUCCCUACUGCACGAGAACAAAACCUUGAAGAAUGGGCAACAAUAUGACAUACUCCCAACGAGGCCAGUUGUUGAUGGAUUUCAUGGAUGCAGUAAGGAACAAGUGAGGCAAAUGAUAUUGAAGCAUGAAUCCAUUUUCAAACAUCAGCUCAAUGAACUUCAUCGUCUUUACGAAAGACAAAAGGACUUGAUGAAUGAGAUCAAAAGCAAAGAACUGCUCAAACAUCAAAAAGAAGCAGCGACAUCACAAUUACCUCUUUUUUCAUCUGGUUUGCCCUUGGUUAAUCCCGAUUACCAUAGACCAUCUAUGUCUACUACUGGUAUCAGCAGCCAAUCAUAUUGUAAUUCUAUUGGAAACACCCAGCAAAAUAGUGGUGGCCCCAGCCAAAGUGGAGUCAUGAAGCUUCAGAGAAGAUUGUUCAACCUUGAACUUCCAGCUGAUGAAUACAUCAGUGAUGGAGAAGAACCAGAAGGUGUUUGCUUGGGGCCAGCAACUGAAAAUUAUCCUCCUAUCAGAAGAAAUGAGGCUCAAGUGUCAUUUAAUCGCAUUGGUGAAGCAUCUGGCAAUAACAAUAGUGCUUUGAGCUCUGGCUUGUAUCUAGAAAGAAGCUAUGGUUUGACCACUCUGAAUGAACCCAUUCAGAUUGAUAAAAUGUCUGCGUCAACAAAUGUGUACAGAGGUGUCUGGCCUUUUGCAAAGAAGUUCCCGGAGAACCCACAACUGGGAAAGGAUGGAGGAGUUAGUAAUCUGCAUGGGAAGAAUCAAAGCAACCAAAAGGAGUGGUUAACAAAUGCUCUCAAGGCUGAUCAAACAAGAAAUUCUUUUGGUGGAAGUUUUGGCCUUCGAGAUUCUCAGAAGCCUUGCGAACCAUCAGAAACUGAAGCUAGGAAAGCAUGUGAGCCUGCCAAGAGGACAAUUUUUGGUAUAGAAAUCUCUGAAAGAGAUAUAAAUCCAUCUGGUAAGGCUUCUCAGUCUGAUGUGGCCGCCAUUUCUGAGUCACCUCCUACUUGGGCAAGACCUCCAAGUAGCUUGAGCCACAACCGGACAUCAGGUCAAUCGAACAGUUUGUUUAACACCUCCACACACUCUAAUGGGGCUUCAAUGAUGUUGCAGCAAAACCCUGAAGUUAUCAGGGACAGAUUGCUCGUAGAUUGCAAUUCUAUACCAUUAACUCCAGGUCUGGGAUCUGAAGUGUCACACCACAAUGGUGUUUGCUUUCGCACCAAGAUUGAGAGCAAUGAAUUACACAGUUAUCACCCUUCAAUCAGACUUGGCUUCCCCUAUGCAGACAGCAGCUAUAGUUCUGCUUCUAAAGAUUUUACACAACAUGUUCCUCAGUGGCAGUAUUCGAGUGUAGGUUGCAGGGCGAAUGCAAAGCCUUCACCUAAUGUGCAUGAUAAUAAAUUUCAUUACAGACUGAGGAACCAAGAAACACCACAAGGAAGAUUGCAUUGGCUUGAGGCAGCUUCACUUUGUAAUGGUCCACUUGCUUCAGCAGUUGACAAUGACAAUUCUGUUGGAGUUGGAGAGCAACUGAAAGCACAGAGUUUAUUUUCAGAAAAGGGAUUGGAUAAUGACAAUGCUUAUUCAGGGCACCAAAUAGACUUGAACAGAUGUUUAACUGAAGAAGAAACUCGAAUAGCUGUGCAGGCACCAGUAAUAGUUGCAACAGAUGUCAAUGUUGGAGAAGCUUCUGAGGAAAGAAAAUGUACAGAACUUUUUGAUUCAUCUCAUGAUGGUUUAUUCAGGGUUGCAGCUGAGGCUCUGGUUGCCAUCUCAUCAUCACAAGCUCAUGAGAUGCAGGAAAAUGCUGCACAUGGUCUUGAUCAAGAAAUUUCUGCUUGUGGUGAAGAUGAUGCAACAGUAAUUGACGACUCCCUUCUUUGGUUUGCAGAAAUAGUUUCUUCAAACGAAAAAAAUCUUGAACAGACGGAUAAUGUGGUAAAAGUUAAGGGAGCGAUGGAUUACUUUGAGUACAUGACAUUAAAUAUGGCGGAAACCAAGUUAGAGCAGUGCUGCAAUGUGCCUUCAGACAACCCAAAAGAAGUGCCGCUGUCAAAACGGCCACAAAGGGGUCAGACGAGGAGAGGGAGGCAACGAAAGGACUUCCAGAGGGAUGUUCUCCCUGGUAUUGCUUGUUUGUCAAGAAAUGAGGUGACUGAGGAUCUUCAAACAUUUGAAGGGUCGAUUAGAGCAAGCGGCAGCAGCUGGCAGUCAGGUUUAUCACAGAGAAAUGCUGGUAAGGUUGGCGGGGGAAGAGGGAGGAAGCGUUUGGGAACUUGCGCACUACCUACUUCUAGUGCUGUGCAGGCUGCAGUUAGUCAGCCCCAGAUGGAGCAGCAGCCUCAAUGUGGGAAGCUGCAGGAACCUGAGGAAAGAAGUAUGGCGGUGACAGGUUGGGGUAAGAGGACAAGGCGUCCACCGCGGCAAAGAUAUCUGAUUAAUAGUUCUCCUGUUUCUCAAAAAUAAGGAAGGAGUCGGUCCUUUAUUUAGCGGACUUGAAUGAUGUAUCAUAAUAAAUUUAUAGAAGAGUUUGCUGAACUGAAUAGUGUACCAUAUAACUGCAAGAGUGCUAUAGAGCUGUUCUGAUAGAUUUUAAUAUUUGAGGUUGAUUUGGGUGUCCAUUUUUCAUUGAA